CAGUCCUAUUCAGCCAAUUUUCUUUGAAGCCUGGUUACCUAUGCUAAGGCUUGGCCACUCGUCCACUUGCAAACUGACAUGGCGGAAACAACCGGCAUUUACGCGGAGGAUAUUGUCAAAAAUUCUCAAGGAAUUGUUGGGCUUGUUUUGGAAGAUGCAGAAGAAACAUCUGAUGAAUCGGACAGCGAAGAAGAGGCGCUCAAGAAGGGUCACAUCGUAGUGUGUUGGUACCCUUCAGGGAACGAAGAAACCUUGUCGCUUACCAAGGUCAAACUAGCAGACAGGUCUCUCCUUCCAGGUGAUGUUGUUAAGUUUUCUGAUGUGCAGAAAGGAACCCAGAAAGGAUUUGUCUGCAAUGUUGAAGUUGUUGCCAGUGUCAAUGUUCUGGUGGCCAACCAGAAUUUUCAUAACGUGGACUGUAAAGAACUUUCUCCCUUACAGGAGUUUGUUCCUGGAUUACCUGUGAGCCUGGGCCCUUGGCUUGGAAUAGUCACUGAGGUUUAUCGCAAGAUUGUACUAAGAAUCAAGAAUGGCUCCAGAUGCAGUUUGGAAGGAGAGCAGGCUUCAAUGAUUUAUGACACAAGUGAUCAACGUGAUGAGGAUUCCCCUUUCUAUUCUGCAUCAUUUUAUCCGGGCCAGAAGGUUGCUGGUCCUUCACGAGCAUUUAAAGAAGCUAAAUGGCUAUCAGGAGUGAAGCCUGUCAUUCACAAUCAAGCCCAGAUCAAAGGAACUGUGGAGGAGGCAAGUAUUAUUGCGUGUGAUGUAGACUGGCAGAUCUGUGGUGCGUGCCAAAAUAAUUUCCAAGAAGAUGAAUGUCUUAAACCACCUGAUCCCACAGUAACACAGGAACAACUUCACAGGCUACUCGUUGCGAACCGUUUUCGACAUGCAAGCGUUCAGAUUGGGGACAAAGCAUUCUAUACAUUGAAAGCUCGCGAUCUAAGACUUGCCGCGAGUGGAGGGAACUUUUCAUCCAAACAGGAAAGCUUUGAUGAUGAGAAUACGGAGGGACUUGAGGUGCUCAGCGAGCGUGCGCCUACCAAUCCAGUAUCCGACAGUCAGAUAGACGGGUGUAGUGUACAUAAGCAAGAGACCUCUAAUAGUGGAAAAGCAGAAUUAGGUGAUUCUCAGGAGAGUACAACAACAGGUGCCAGUGCGAGUUUGAGCUCUGGAGGGAGUUCAGGGAGUUUCUAUUCAGCUGAAAGUGAAUCCAAAAACUCUAGUUCAUCGACGUCGGUAACUUCUUUAUGCGACUCCAAUCUUCCUGCGCCCACAGAAACAUCCUCAAUUACGAAAGACCCUUCUGCCUCUCAGGCUUCUGAAACAGGAUUAGCUCAGAGUGGAGCUAAUCAGGUGGAUACACAUGACGAGCAGCCUCAUACCACCGGCUCUGAUUCCGCAGAAGCAGAUGCAGAUGCAGAUGAAGAUUCGGACGGUCUUGAAGUUGUUAUACCAAAAGUAAAAGGCGCAAAUAUUGCUGGUGCUCUUAAACAUGACUCUGGUCUGUCCCAUGGGGUACGCUACCCGACUAAGCGAAGGAAGAAGCGUCUAAGAAGGAAGCGAAAAGUAGCUCCACCCUUGCAAGUGAAGGUCGGUGACAAGGUGUGUGUGGAAGUGUCAAAUACUUGUACCACAGUGGAUGUUAUCUGGCAGGAUGGCUCCAAACAGGAAAAGGUGUUAUCCACGGAUUUGAUACCAGUGUUUCACUUAGACGAGUUGGAGUUCUUUCCAGGAGAUUAUGUGUCUGAUAAAAGGGAGAAUGCAGAUUCGUCAAAGUAUGGUGUCGUACUCACUGCUGACCAUCAGUCACGCUUGUGUUACAUCAAGUGGUUCUCGCGAGAUGGUGAAGAACUGAGUGUGGAACGUGACGUGAGCGUGUACGACAUCACGGAGCAUACGGAUUUCGUGUUCAGCGUAGGAGAUGUUGUGGUGCGCAUGGCAAGGGAUGACUAUGAAAACGAGGGCGAUCAGAAUUCUGACACAACAACUUCAUGUAUAGGUCAGGUCACACGAGUGGACGACGAAGGCAGUGUGUCCAUCCGAUGGGUGGACGGCACGGUCUCCAAAGUUAAACCUCAGGAGCUGUACAAAUUUGAUACCGAGGACGAUGGACAGCUGUCAUCAGAUGGUUCCACCAUGGCAUCAGAUGAUGAAUGGGAGACCACGAGUGGGGAGAGUACUGAAGAAGAUGGGCCUAUUGACAUCAUGGAUCACGUGCCAAGGCACGGCUCCUCAGCUGGUGAGGAGGAGAAUGUCGACAGAGAGGUCCUACAGGAGGCGAACAACAGGAUCAACGAAAUUGUGUCAAAUACAAAUCCUGCUUUUAUGACUUUCGAAAAUGUUCCUGAAGAGCACAUCUACUUUCAUACCACAUUCCAGGCGCAAAAUCCUGGUCGCUUCUUGUCGUGUCUGCGAAAAGAGAUGGCUCUUCUUAUGUUUUCACUUCCAGCCGGAAUCAUAGUCAGAGGAUACGAGAAUCGUGUGGAUAUUCUAAGGGUCAUGAUCACUGGGCCUGUGGGAACCCCAUACGAACAUGGACUGUUUGUUUUUGAUGUCCGGCUGCCGCCAGAUUACCCUGCCUCUCCCCCUGUGUUCUACUACCUGUCCCAGUGCUCCGGUCGUUUAAAUCCAAACCUUUACGAAGACGGCAAGGUUUGUGUGAGUCUACUGGGAACCUGGGCCGGGCGUGGAAGCGAGGUUUGGACGUCAAAGUCGAACGUGCUUCAAGUUUUAGUAUCAAUACAAGGACUAAUUUUAUGCAGUGAACCAUAUUACAACGAAGCUGGGUAUGAAAAACAGAGAGGAACCGCGCAGGGAUUGGAGAAUAGUCGCCUUUACAAUGAAAUGGUUUUACUGAAACUGGUCCAGUCGAUGGAGAAACUUGUCACAAAACCUCCAAGCGGCUUGGAAAAAGAAAUAUUACAGCACUUCGCGCAUCAUGGAGCAAGAAUGAUACAAAAAUUCAAGCGGUGGAUUGAUCUUUUCCACGAGCAGGAGACAACACUGUCCGAAUGCGAAAAUGGCGACCCUAAGGAUUAUGUUGCGGCUGGUGAACUGAGACAUAUAGAAGAAACCGUCCAUGACGUCAUCGUCGCAGAAGCAACGCGAACUAAGUCUGUACCGGGAUGCGAUAACGAACAGAUGUUGAACGGUCAUUCUUCAGCGGGAAGACUAGAACCAAACGAGGGGCAAGGACAAAAUGAACUUGUAAAGAACUGCGUCGCUGAAAAUGACGUUACGAACGAAGCCAACGACCCCGAGGGUAAAGGGGCGAGUUGUCUAGAUCCAUCUCCCGAAGGCAAAACCUCGAAAACCGAGAACGAGAGCGUAUGUCAAGGUGCGACCUCGUGGGAAAAGAUCGGCCCCGAUUAUCCCUUGUUUCCACUCUCUCGCGGAUUUUGUCUGAGUCUCCGGAGAGCGUUGGAAAGUUUCCAGAAGGCUUUGGACAAGGCAGUACUGAAGCCAUAAUAACAAGGACAAAUCAGUGACGCUGUAAAUUAUAAAGCAAAAAAGAUAUAUUGUUAUCGAAAAAGGGUUUUAAAAGUUAUUUAUAUUUUUGAAUGCACAAUGCAAGAUUUAUGAAUUCUGGAAAGCUGCUAUGCAGUGGUAUAUUCGUUAUUUUGAGUCCUUGAAAACCUCAAGAAAGUAAAUUGAACAAAUAAAUUGAAAAAUGUCGUAUUUUCCUCAACGUGA